GAGCCAGUGCACAGCUCAUUUUAAAGGAGGUGCUCUGAGAUUCUGUGACACAGGACCCUGCUCUGAGCUAUCAGGAAGGACUGAGGGGUAGAGGGGUGGGACCUUCAGCACCAGCACCCAUGAACGGCCCUAGUGUCCUCCAACCUGUCAUCCACGUCUAGUCAGGGACCAGUGCCUGGUGCUUCCAUCAUUGUAAUGCCUCUUACUUGGGCAUCUCUCCUGACUCGCUCCAGAAGGCACUGUUUCCUGCAGGUUACUUUGGUCCCAUGAGCCUGGGUUCCAUCACCUGGAGUCCCAUCUCCUGUCCGAUACAGUCCACAAUCUUUAGCCUGGCAUUCAAGGCCUGCCACACUCCAUUCCCAGUCUGCCUUUUCAGCAUGCACUCAGCCCAGCCAAGUGACUGCCGACCUGCUUUUCUGCUCCUUCACUACUAACUGUUGAGACGUGUUCCAUCAGAAACAUGGGCUCCCCUGGCCAGGCGUGGUGGCUCAUGCCUGUAAUCCUAGAAUUUUGGGAGGUUGAGCUUCCACUUCACCAUAGGAUGUUUGCCACUCAGACUGAGGGGGAGCUCAGAGUGACCCAAAUUCUCAAAGAAAAGUUUCCACGAGCUACAGCUAUAAAAGUCACUGACAUUUCAGGAGGUUGUGGGGCGAUGUAUGAAAUUAAAAUUGAAUCAGAAGAAUUUAAGGAGAAGAGAACUGUCCAGCAGCACCAGAUGGUUAAUCAGGCACUAAAAGAAGAAAUCAAAGAGAUGCAUGGAUUGCGGAUAUUUACCUCUGUCCCCAAAUGCUGACCACGCCCUGGCUGCAUAGAUGCUGCUGCUUAAGACCUUGGAUGAACUUCACUGACAUCAUUCUUCCCUAAGCAGUCACCAAAAAAUUUAUAUAUUUUGCUUAUAUACAUUUCCAUAUUAUAAUUAUAAAAGAUGUAUAAUCUAUUUAGAUGUUAAUUAAAGGAAACAAACAACUGAA